ACACCUCUUUUUAUACCUUUAUAUAGGAAAAUAACUAGCACGUAAGAGCACUUACCUGUAAAAACUAGAUGUGUUAAGCUCCAUAAUCCACAGAUUCGCAGUCGGAGAUGGCAACUGAUGCAGAUAUUCCAUUACCUGUAAAUGAAGCAAGAGAGGAGCAAGUUGGACUUUCUGUAGUUGAGGGUGAGCAUUUUUUAAAAUCACCCUCGACUGACAAGGUUGCAAAUAACAUUGCACCCAAUGUCAGUAAGCUCGUUGAAAAGACGUUGGCGGAAAAAAGCCAGCAGAAUGCUGAAGAAUCCAUCAGCAAGGAUGGAGAUGGAGACAGAGGUGUGGUACCAGAAAAAUGCAGCACGGAUCCAUCAGUUGUGACCUCAGAUAUGAAAGUGGGAGAUACAGAUGAUGAUCCUUUUACAGACGGUGCAGUAGCGGUGACUCAGCUAUCUAAAGAGACGAGCAGCGAUCAUCAUGGCGCGUAUGAUUCCCUUACGAAGGAGAUAUUAGUGGAAUCUAGUCUCCCUAGCAAAGAAGCGGAGUCUCAUACACCUUGCAUCUCAGAAGGAGAUCAUAACGCCCCAAAGCUUGUAGAGAAUUUUGAGAGCUCACCAGUCCAAGUUGAAGAGUCACAGGUAGUACGUGAUGAGCAUUUUAAAGAGGAGACACUGACAGAAGUAUCGACUGGGGAGACCAAUGAAAACAUCGUCCUAGAAGCCACAGAUAAUGUGAAAGACAAGGAUAAAGACCUCAAAGAGGAGCAAAGCCGAAAUGAAGUGUCUGAUUUAAACGAAGAAAACAGCGUAGAAGCUCCUCCAGAGGAGCAAACUCUGCAUGGAGACACAAACAAGGCAGAGGAUGCAAUCAAUGCAAAUGAUGGACAAAAGGAAAGUGUUGAGGGUUUUCCAGCAAUUGUUUCCAACUCUCACAAAGAGGGAAGCAUAAAUGCAGAUCUACAAGAAGCCACGGGUGACCAUAAGGAUGGAAAAAUAAGUGACGAGGGUGACAAUCACAAGGAAGUUCUUGGGAAUCUCUCAAGUGGUGAAGUGACAAACAUUUCACCUGAUAUCAGUAAGGAUAGUGAAAAGACAGAUCAAACAUUGAGAGAUGGCUCUGAUACUUUUGUUGAUCGACCAGUAGAAUUGGCCACAACUGAAGAGACACAUGUGAAAGUAAUCCAAAGGAAUGCUGAAGAAUGUAACAGCACUGACAAAGAUGAUGGUAGAGAUGUGAUACCAGAGGUGUGCAGUUUCGGUUCAUCUGUUGCGACCUCAGAAACAAAAGUGGGAGAUACACUUGUUUAUCCUGAUAUGGACGACACUGAGGUGGCGACUAAGCUACCUAAAUACACAAGCAGUGAUAAUCAUGGCAUAAAUGAUUCCUCCACCACAGAUGUAGCACUUACUGAGGAGAUAUUACAGGAAGCUGACCUAGUGAGCAGAGAAACUGAGUCUCGUACGCCUUGCAUCUCUGAAGGUGAGGAGCCAAAUUUCCAAGUAAAGACAACAGACAACAAAUCUGUGGAUGAGAAACCAACAGAAGAGGACAUUCCAUGUAUUAUCAGAAAUGAAGUCUCUAAGGAAGGGAAUUCUGACCAAAAUAAGAUUACCUCAGAACAGGAUGAAUUAGAAAAUGAAAGAAGUGUUGAAAAUAGUACAUCUGGAGAAACCAUCAUUGCACUUGAGAAUUCAAAUGCCAAAGAGCUACAGGGCAAGAGGGACUUAAACUCGUCACUCUCUAAGGAAGAAGAAACGGAUCUACAGAAAAGUGUCGAGCCUGUGACAACGCCAGAAGACUUUGGAGUUCCCUCAGAGAAGACUUUGAGUGAGAGCCAUGGAGAUGUGGAAUGCAAGUCUAAAACCAUGGAAGAUGCUACUACAGAUCAUAGCGACCCAAAGCUUGCAGAGAAGUCUGAGGAGAGCUCAGUUGUCCAAGUCACAAACUCACAAAUAGAUCAUAAUGAGGAUUUGGGAGAGGACAGAGAGGGUCUGUCAUUAAAAGAAGUGUCAACAGGGUGCACCAAUGAUAACGCCUCAGCAGCCACGGGUGAAAUCAAAGGACAGAGUGAAGACCACAAAGAAGCUGAACUACCUGAAAACGAGCAAAGUACAAAAUGUACUUUGGUGAAAGAAGACAUACAGAUAGAAAAUCUUGCAGAACCGUUGCAUGUAGCCCUUGAAAAUAAUGAAGUUUCUAAUAUAACCCAAGGACAGAACGCUGAAGUUCUUCCAGAAGAAGCAACAAGUGAUGUAGCUGAGGGACAGAAGGACAGUCAUGAGAAUUUUCCACCAAUUGUUUCUGGUUCUCCCGAAGAGGGUAGCGUGAAUACAGUUCUCCAAGAAGUCAUGAGCGAUGAUACGGAUGACAAAAUUAUCAAUGAGUCUGACAAACACAAGGAAGCUAGUGAGAAUCUGUUAACAACUGUUUCAACUCAGGAUACUGAAGGAAUCGCAUUGGUUAAAAUGGAAGGUUCAGAAAAUAAAAAGAAAGAUGUUUCAGCAGAAGAAAGUGAAGAGCCACCUUUGCCUCUACUUUUGGCACAGGAAAUCAGUGAUGCAUCAGUGCAAGAGACUCGAUUUGAGGAUGGAGAACCAAAUAAAGCUGAGUUUUAUAAUGAUGAAAGGGAUACAGAGAGUUUUCUGCCGAAUACAGAAAAUACAGAAGAUGUGCAUGUCAAUCCUGAAGAUACCAAAGCACCAGAUUUGGUGGACAAAAGAUCAGAGGGUGGAACAGUUGAUGCAGCAGCAGAGAGGGAAGAAACUGUAGAGAAUGCUGCAACAAUUGUUCCGGAUGAGAACACGGAAAAGCAUUUGGAUGAAGAAAAUGAGCAAGUAUCCUCAAUAAAAGAACCAAGUGGAGCAGAAUUGUUUGGAAAGGACAAAAAUUCUGCGAGUGUUUUGUUGACGGAAGAAGUGCAAACAACAAUAAGCGACAAAAUAACCGAUACAGGUGAAGCUGACAAGAAUGAUCUUGCACUUGAGAAUGUUGCAAAAGAAACUCAAGUGGAUUGCUCAGCAAGGGAACAUGAGGAACGUGUGGAAGAGGAAAACCAAAGUUCAUCUGUGAUAGAAGCACAAGUAGAGGAAACCAAUGCUAGGGAGUCAAAAAAUACUGAUGAACCCAAAAAUAGGGGCAAAGAGUCAAUGACACCUAAAAUGGAAAAUGAGGAGCAUACAGAAAAUAUGUAUGGGAAGGAAGAAAUCACAAAUGCAGAUCCACUGGGAAUUUCAACUGACAAGGCAGAGAGAGAAUCUGUUGAUGUGGCUCACACACAUGAGGAAAAUGUUGAGACAAAGGAUAUUGUAGAAGAUAUUUCGGAUUGUGGCAAGGAUGGUAACAUGCCAACUGAAGAACUUGGCGGAGCUUCAGCUGGGAACGCCAACAUCGAGGAGUCAACAAAAAUAGGUAAAGGUGGCUUGAUCAAUGAAGAAGCAUCUGUCGAGUCAUUGCAAGAGGCAGCACAGGUGAUUGAAACCGGGCAUUUAACUCGAGAGAGAGAAAUAAGUUCUCCAGAUGAGCAAAGCCACAUUGUCAAUCUUGAUGAUAGCAAAGAGGAGAUAGCUGCUAGUGAAACUACUUUGGAGGGUGAAACUCUCAAGGAUAAGCAAAGUAUUGCAAAUACUACGCCAUAUGAGGACAAAGAAGAAAGCAUGCAAGUCCAAGAAGAUUGCUCGCAGUGGGAACAAAAUGAGACUGAAAAUAUUCCUUCUUCAGAAGCUCCAGCACUGUCCUCCAUUGAAAGUAGUCCAGUCAAAGAAGAAGAAAAAGUGGAAAUCCCCACUAAGGAGCAAAUCCUAACUGCUGAUCCACAAGAGACAAUUGAUGAAACACAGGAAAAAACUAUUGACGCUGCUGACAAAAACAAUGAUGUUGCGAUAAGCGCUCAAAAUGGAGACAGUGACGAUAACUCACCAGUAGAAGUGGAUGGUUUACAAGAACCUCCUUCUGAAGAAGUUCCUGAAGAAAAGAUCAAUGAUGAUGAACCAACUACUAGCCAUGAGACCAAAUUUGCAUAUGAAAACACUGUAAAGGCCAACUUGAAUGAAGAUGAGGAAAAAAUAGAAUGUGCUCUGGUAAAGGAAGAUGUGCAUAUUGAGUCAUCACAGGUAGCAGAUGAUGAUAUUAAAGGUACUUCGUCAGGUCAUGACAGAGAAGCAAACCCCUUAGAAGAGCAAGCGCCAACUACAGGUUCUCAAGAAACCAUGGAUGACGAAAAAUAUGCAAAACCACUUGAUCCAACUGAUUUGAAGCAAGAAAUUCUUGAGGAUAGGAAAUGUGCAACCACACCACAUGAGGACACUAAAGAAGAUUCACAAAAUCAAGCAGAUGACUUCAUACUGGAAAGUGAAGAACAAUCGGUAAAGGAUAGUGAAAGAACAUCAGUAUCAGAUACUCCAAAAGAUGACAUUACAGAAAGCACGUUGGUUAAGGAAGUAGCAAAGGUUGAGGAUCCUAUUGACUCCUCUCAAGUGGCAACUGAGGACAUCAAGGCAUUUGCUCCACGUCAAGAUGCAGAAAGUUCCAUUGUGGAGCAAAUCCUAGACCCAACAACCGUUGAAAACGAAACUCCUAAGGACGAGAAUGUACCAACAAUUUUUCCAGAUGAGAAUUUGGAAGAGCAUUUGGAUGAAGAAAAUGAACAAGUAUCCUCGAUAAAAGAACCAAGUGGGUCAGAAUUGUCUGAAAAGGACGAAAAUUCUGAGAGUGCUUUGUUGAUGGAAGAAGUGCAGAGAGAAAUCCCGGCUGAAAAUAUAAAAACAUCUGAUUUCGAUCAACACACAAAGGAAAAGGGUAUCCUUGAGGAGAAAAUCCCGACUGAAAAUUCACAAGGAAUACCAAGUGAUGAAGAAGAGGAAACAAGAAUUGAUGCAGCUACUACCAACGAGAAAACUCAAGAAUUACAGAAUGUCUUGAAUGAGAAUAGUGACAAGGACUUGUUACUCAAAGUGGCUGCCUCAGAAAUGACACAUGAUAUAAAUUUGGAAGAGGAAGCAGAAAGACCACCACUAACUGAGAUUUCAAAAAAGGAGGCCUGUGAAAACGAGUCAAUUCUGCUUGAGCCAAAAAUUAGCGAUGAACCAAGCACAGUUGGAGUUCCCAAAGAUGAGAAGAGUACAGACUACACUACACCAGAGAAAGAGAAUUUGCAGCCAGAGGAUCAUAAAACAUCUACUUCAAGUGGUGACAUAGAAGCAUCUUGUUCACUUGAGGAGCAAAGCUUAGAAGAUAACUCCCAAACAAUUAUAAGCGACAAAAUAACCGAUGCAGGUGAAGCUGACAAGAAUGAUCUUGCACUUGAGGUACCCAAAGAGACGGAUAGUGCUGAUGUUAAAGAAGAAACAAAGGAGGAAGAAGGUUACAUCAAGGCUGUUGAAAUAACUAAUGCCGUAACAGUGGCAUCUGAUCAGAUGACAAGCAACGAGCAUGUAUCCGAUAGUACCAGCAUGGAAUCUGUGGUUUUGGAGAAGAUUAAUGAUCCACUUGUUGGGGAAGCAAACAGUUUUAAUGACAAAACGGACUUGGAGAAAAUACCAAUAAGUGAAACUUUGGCAGAAACAGCUUCAAGAGAAUGUACAGAAACAGAGGACCAACUUCCAAAUGUAGAAAAGGAAGCAGAAGUAUCUAAAAGAGAGGCAGAAAAUGACCAGAAGCAUAUAAAAGAAACACUGCCUAAUGAUGCUGUUUCUUUGGACGUCCUAGAAUCAAAGGAGGUGACUGGCGAAGAAGAAGUGUCUUCAAAUAGGUGUAAGGAAAUUUCAAGCAGCCCAAUCUCUGUGGCAUUAGAGGAAGAUUCGACAUCCAACUCUGUUACAGACCUUGAAACCAAAAAUGAAGAAGAAGUUCCAGCAAUCAAGGAGAAAACUCCCUCAUCUGUACAAGGACAAGAUGCUGAGGGUACAAUUGUUGAGAAAAGGUCAGACUCAACUGAAGUUGCAUUUACGCCUGGAGAAAACAAAGGUGGAUAUGAGUCUGAUAAAAGGAGCCUUGAAUCUAUUGCCCAAGGUCAAAGUUUCAACAUAAAGUCAGAAACAGAAGAGACAAAAGCAGAGGAAGAAGAUCUUAACACAGGAUCAGGAAUACAAUCUGACAAAGCUGUAAUAGAGGACAUAUUACAAGAAGAGACUAUGUGUGAGAAAGAAAUCGUGAAGGAUGACAUUUCAAGCGUGAAGGAGCAAUUACCAAGAAUCAAGGAAGAACAUGAAGGUGUUAAAGAUUAUCAUCAAGGUUCUUGUGAGUUAGAGGUACCACAAGUUUCUGAAGAAGCUGAUGACAAGGCUCCAGAAGACCAACAAGAAAAGACAUUUACAGGUAAAGCAAUUGAUAGAAUUCUCCACCAGGAAGAUCAAGCAACGAGAAUUGAGGAGCCCACAACUAAAAUAGACGAUGAAAAUGUCCGUGAGUUAGACAUAGGCGUGAACCCAGACACUCAAGAUUCAUAUAAAGAGACUGUCCAAAUAGCAAUAAUCCCUGGGAAAGAAAGUGAGGAACAGAACAAGGAAGAUGAAAUAUACAGCUCAGAUAAACUGCAGGAAGAAGAUGAGGAAACUUUGAUACAUUCAGAAGGGAAAAGUAAGGAGGAAGCAAAAGAAACUUAUAAAGAAGCCUAUCUUGAGGCUGAGAAGUUUGAUUCAUCACCUCAAAUCAAAGAUAUAUCGAAAUAUGCAGUUAGAGAUGUUGGCCUGGACACCCCGGAAGACAAUGAAAAAUCCACAACAGGAAUUUUUUCUGAAGAGGAUUAUCCUAAAAACAUCAACAAAUGUGAAGUAUCCUCUGCUAGUGAAGAUGUUGCACUAACAAAACAACCCUCAGAGAAUGCAUCCAUCACUGCUGAACUGCAAGAAGCAAAAAAGAUAGGAGAAUGUACAGAAGGAACCCCACUGGGAACCGAAGACCAGCUGGUCAAAGACAUUGCACUAGCAGAACAACCCUCAGAGGAUGCAUGCAUCACUGCUGAAGUGCAAGAAGCAAAAGCUGGGAUUGAUUUGGGAGCUGCUGUGCCAGUCCCAGGAGCAACUGGAUCAGAAAGUCAAGAGGUGGAAAAUUUGAAUGAAAAAUGCACAGAGAUGGCCGACACCUCCACACCAGUUGAAACUUUGGUGAAUUCCACAUCAAAAAAAAACAUAGGAGAAAGUACAGAAGGAAACCUUCUGGAGGCUGAAGACCAGCAGACCAAACUUUAUGACUUGCCAGAAGAAUCAAAUAUGAGCGUUACGGAAGUGAAAAUGGAAGAAAAAGAUGAUGCAGAGAAUAUUCAAAGUGUCAGGAGUAUAAGCGAGGAUGUCCAGGACCAGGAAUUAUUUAAGGAAUCCUAUGGAGUAUCAAGCAAUCAUAAUCCAGUGGAAGGAAAUCCAGAAGAAAGAACAGAGACUAGUGAAGGACAGAAAACAAACCCAAUUCAAGCUGCACCGGUCUUAGAGACUCUAAAGAAAGAAAUAGAAGAACAGAAACUGGGAGGGGAUAAUGUGGACGUCCAUGAAGAAGAGAAAAAUACAUACAGUAUCCCCAGUCAGUUGGAAAGUCUCAAUGGUGCAGAUACAGAAAAGGUCCCGGAAUCAAGCAUUCAUCAAAGAUUGGUUGAGGAUACAGCUCAACAUGAGAAAAAAGAGGGAAUUCAGCAAAUUGACUCCCCUCUCUUCUUACCACAUGCCCAAUGUUCAGACAUCACCACUUCAGAAAAUGAGCCGGCACAUGAUGGAGAAUUGGGUAGCACAGGUGUAACAGAAUUGGAUGCAUCUCCUCUUUACUUGAAAGAUAGGCAUGUUGUCCUGGAAGCAGGUGAUACCAGCAGGAAUUUGAUUCCUGAGAAUCUAGAACUUGACAAGAAUAUAUCUACAGAACAUUUCCAAGGUGAACAUGAAGUGGUGAAACCUUCUAAAGUUGAGCAAGAAGAAGAUGAAUGCGGAAAUAAGGAAAGAAAGGACCAUCAAAUGGAAAGGAAUACGGAAUCAGAAGAGACUGACAAGGCUUCCUUGUCAGAUCAGCUUCAUGUAUCUACAAGAGGAAUCUCUGAGAUGGCAGAUCAUUCUCCCACAGAAAAAGAGCCAACCAGGCACGCUGAAGACAUGCCUGCUCAAAACAUUGAUGAGGCUCAGCACGAAAACAUGAAAACAGAUGAGGAGAAAGAUGGUGAAGAGGAAUCACAUGAACAGAAAAAAUCAGACUUAAGUUCUGAAGCACCCGUCAUGGUUGAUAUUGGAGAUGCAGACAUAAAAGUAGCUCAUAAGAAAUCUCACAACAUACUUUCAGGUGUUGGAUCAAAAGUGAAGCAUUCAAUUGCCAAGGUGAAGAAAGCCAUUACUGGAAAAUCGCCAUCUCCAAAAAAGGCAACAAUUCCAGAAAGUAAAUAAACUCAUUUCGCUUUAAAUAUAGUUUGAAGUUUUCUGAUUUAAACUAGCUCUAAGUUUUUUAUAAUUUUUUCACCUUUUUGGCUUGCUGUCAAGUGUUUGCAACAAAAUUUACAUUUAUUUUCUAUUUUUUCGGCUUGGCUGUGUAUAUGGCUUGCAUAUCUACACACGUUCUAUAAGUUUGAAGAUUGUUGUGGAACUUCAUAUGAAGUUUGUAAUUCUAAUAAAGGUUUUUCUUGUAUCA